CCCCAGCUCUUUUUGAUGACAGUUUGUGCAAUCUUGCAUUAACUCAGUGGCGGUGGGUGAGCCACCCAGCCCAGCUGGGCAGCCGGGAUGGCCUUGGGUUCUGGAAUCCUGAAGAUUCUUCUUUUCUUAAAUUUUGGUGGAGUUCAGGUGCUGGCAAAAGGAAAAUCUACUGGUGUGGAAAUAGAAAUCAAAUAUGCCAUCAUUGGAAUUAUACUGGGAAUCAUUAUCUCGGCUGGUUUUCUAGCACUGAAGAUCUGUAUGAUCCGAAAACAUAUGUUUGAUAAUGAUUCCUCAGACACAUCUAUCCGAAGAAAGAGCAACACAAGAUCCAACUUGAAUUCCUCUGACAGAGAUGCUCAAGUGAUUGAACUCUAACUGGUGGCUGGUUUCCGACGGUGUGCGAUUGGCUUGGACAAGACAUGCUACGACCAUUCCCAGGGGUGCUGCUGAAUCCGUACAGAAGUUUAACAUUCAAAGCUGUUAAUUCACCAGGAAUCAAAGACAACCUGUUUACUGAUGGAAACAAAUGAAGAGAGGAAGAGAUUCCUAAGUGCAUCUGUUCUUAAAAAGAGGAAGUACUUUCUUUUCUAGAUGAGGAUGUGGCCUACUUUUAGCAGGGCAAGAGAUUGAGUUGUUCUGUUAUUAAUGGGGAUGGAUUUACACUGACCUGUGCACAUAAUAUUCAGUUCCUUUUAUAACCACCAGCUUACAUUUGCUAGGUGGAUCAGGGGACUACAGACCAUUGCUAUGGAACAUUAAAAAAAAAAUCAACCAAUUCUCUCAAGUAUGAAGCUGCGAGCUGAGCUUCAUUAGCAUUGUGGGUCUAACUAAUAGCAUUCCCAUUUGCCUCAUCAGCCACCUUCCUCAUUCCUGCAGCCUUCUGGACACUGUACAUAUAUUUCAUGGGACCACUGGAUUAUUAACCUAGAACUGCAAGGGACUUCUAAGACCAUAUAGUCUAAUUUCCUCAAUUUGCAGAUGAGGUAACAGGCACAGAGAAGUUAAUGGACUUACUUAAGUUCACACAAAUAGUAUUAGGGAUGAGAUUUGCACCUGGGUUCAUUGAAUACAGAGUUACUCCUCUUUUUACUAUACAGCAUUGCUGGCCACUUCCAAUACUAUUAUACUUCUCACAAAACCCCAGAGAUAUAACUAGGGUGAGAUGCACAGGGGUUGUGCCUUAGGGAAAUAUAUUUAGAGGGCACUGCAACAUCUUUUAGUUCUUUAGCAUAACUGAAACAACAAGGCUAGUUAGAUUAACUAGCUAGUUAGAUUAAUAACUAAGCUAAGUAAGUAAGCUAGUAAGAU